AGGUUCCCUACAGCUCCCGCCGCCGGGGCGGCUCAUGUUCCAAUCCCCGGCUGGCGCCACGCGGGGCAGGGAACGCUCCCGCUCACCCUGCGCGGGGCAGGGAACGUUCCGCUCGCGCGGCCCGGGUACGUUGGAGACCGUUGGCCACUCGUGGGGCCCCAGGUUGGGGUUAGUGUCACGCGCGGGCUUUGCCCGUGGUGACGUCACCGGUCGCGCUCUACUCUCACUCAGUCGGCGUUUCCCGACCGCGUGCAGCAGUUUGAGCUCAGCCCAGCGGUUCCACCCAGUCAGUUAGUGGCCAGCAGUAGUAGCGGCGGUAGUGAGCUCCCGUUAGCGACGCCUCUUACGCCCCGCCCUGCCCCAUGUUCGGACCUGAUAAGCAGUCGGGGCAGCCGAAGCUGGACUGCGGUGGCAGGUUCGGGAAUAUGGCGUCUGUGGGGGAAUUUAACUCGUUCAGCGCUAGCAUCCCGGCCACCAAGGUGGAGCUGUCUGUGUCCUGCAGAAACCUUUUGGACAGAGACACAUUUUCAAAAUCUGAUCCAAUAUGUGUUUUGUAUACACAAGGUAUUGGAAGCAAAGAAUGGAGAGAGUUUGGAAGAACAGAAGUAAUUGACAAUACUUUAAAUCCAGAUUUUGUAAGAAAAUUCAUCAUGGACUACUUUUUUGAAGAAAGAGAGAACCUGCGGUUUGAUUUGUAUGAUGUUGAUUCAAAGAGUCCCAACCUAUCAAAGCAUGAUUUUUUGGGACAAGUGUUUUGUACACUAGGAGAGAUAGUUGGAUCACAGGGAAGCAGACUGGAAAAGGCAAUUGCAGGAAUUCCGGGGAAGAAAUGUGGAACAAUCAUACUGACAGCAGAGGAGCUGAACUGUUGCAGGGAUUCUGUACUUAUGCAGUUUUGUGCGAACAAGUUAGACAAGAAGGACUUCUUUGGGAAAUCUGACCCUUUCCUAGUAUUUCAUCGAAGCAAUGAAGAUGGCAGUUUUACAAUCUGUCACAAGACAGAAGUUGUAAAAAAUACAUUAAAUCCAGUGUGGCAGGCAUUCAAGAUCUCUGUCAGAGCGCUGUGUAAUGGAGACUAUGACAGAACGAUUAAAAUAGAGGUGUAUGAUUGGGAUAGAGAUGGAAGCCAUGAUUUCAUUGGAGAAUUCACAACAAGUUAUAGGGAAUUGUCUAGAGGGCAAUCACAGUUCAAUGUAUAUGAGGUAAUAAAUCCAAAGAAAAAAGGAAAAAAGAAAAAGUAUAUUAAUUCUGGAACAGUAACAUUGCUUUCCUUCCUAAUUGAAACAGAAGUUUCAUUCCUCGACUAUAUUAAAGGCGGAACCCAAAUCAAUUUCACAGUGGCUAUUGAUUUCACAGCAUCAAAUGGUAACCCUGCACAGCCCACCUCGCUCCACUAUAUGAACCCGUACCAACUGAAUGCUUAUGGCAUGGCACUGAAAGCAGUAGGUGAAAUCAUUCAAGAUUAUGAUAGUGACAAAAUGUUUCCUGCUCUAGGUUUUGGGGCUAAGCUGCCCCCAGAUGGAAGAGUAUCACAUGAAUUUGCUUUGAAUGGAAACCCUCAAAAUCCCUAUUGCAAUGGAAUUGAUGGUGUAAUGGAGGCAUAUUAUAGAAGUUUAAAAUCUGUACAGCUUUAUGGACCAACAAACUUUGCUCCAGUAAUUAAUCAUGUCGCAAGAUAUGCUUCCUCGGUAAAAGAUGGCUCCCAGUAUUUUGUUCUUCUCAUUAUUACAGAUGGGGUUAUUUCAGACAUGGCUCAAACAAAGGAAUCAAUAGUUAACGCAUCAAAGCUUCCAAUGUCAAUAAUUAUAGUAGGAGUUGGACCAGCAGAGUUUGAUGAGCAGAAUCCUGACCCUUGAUCCCCAGACAGGUACAGAAAACCCUAAAUGCACCCAAGCAACAUCCAAGCUGUAGAGAGGCCACCUGAGUGGGCCUGCACUCCCCCAGCAUUCUACAAAGCUAUAUUCUGUGGCAAGUAUCAGCACUUCAACAUAGAGCUCUCAGGGAAGAGCAAGAAGUGUCAAGUUGGUCUACAGACAUGAGACCUAUUGAACAUCAUCCCUUGACCCCUUAGAGAGGUGGAGAAUGGGGGCUACAGUUACUACUGCAUCCCUGAGGUUGCAGUUGUAGCUCCAGAAAAUGUUGACCUAUAUUUAGGCUUAGCAGAACUCGAUUGUUACUUUUUUUUGUAUAAAUUUAACAGAUAAUAUCAAUGUUUGUUUUUAAGCAUUUUUUUCCUGUUAUAUCAGUUAUAUUUUCACUGUUGCAUAGAAUUAUGGGGGUUAUGCAUUUUUUUUCUUGUUUUAUCUAUUUGAAUUUUCAGACUUGCAGUAAAUUAGAGGAUGGUCAGACAAAUGGUUGCGGUCAGGCAAUAAUUAUUCAAUGACAGUAGAUGUUGAGAUUCAAAAAGUUAAAGCUUUAUAACCAUUAAAAUACAAAUUGUCAAUAUCAGAUAUCAAAAUAUGCAAAGUAAAUAUCCUUAAAUCAAAUGUUAAUAUGUUCUCAAGCAACAUUUUUCUUUACCUAUCUGUAAAUUUUGAUUAUUAUCAAUGGAAGUAUUAUUUUUAUUUGGUUUGUGUGUGUGUGAUGAAAUUGACAUUUAUCUAUUAAAACAACCUAGACCUUCCAUGCCUACCCAUAUUUCUAUAAAAUGGAUAUGUUUUCAUUUGUCUUCAAGCAAAAAGAAGCCAUACUUGCAAUAUCUACAAUACAUAAAAAGCAUGGCAAGGUUAAAAAGUGACCAUCACUAAUAGAGAAUAGAACUUGCAGUUCAUGUACUUAUAAUUGUCUGUCAUAGGAUCAAAGUAAUAGCCCUACUGGAUCAGUCCAAUGGUCCAGUUAGUGCCAUAUCUAUCUUAAAUUGUAACCGGUACCAGAUGCAUUAGUGAAAGGUACAAGAAACUCUGAAGUGGCCAAUAAUGAAAUAACCUGCCCAUAGGAGAUUUUGUCCUCAACCUUUCAAUUAGAGGUUGUCUUAUACGUGAGAGAGAAAAAAAUAAACCUAGGACUCAGAUCCAGUAAUGAAACAACAGAAAAGAUCACCAUGAAUAAAAAACUAAAAAAUAGGGAUUAGCAGGAUAAGAUACGUACUAUCAAGUUUCACCCAAACAGAGUGUCCAGAAUUAAACAAAUCCAUUUUUUCCUCCAUGCCAGUCCUGGAAACACUGAUACCAUCAUGCCCUGCAGGAGUUGCAAUCCCCAUGCACCUUACUAAACAUAUGGCAAUGAUGAAUACCUGAUUGUCCACAUGUGAACUAACAGGAAACAUUACACAUUUUUAUAUUUUCUUUUAAUCACUAAUGCAAAAUUUGCUAUGAAUCUUGAAAAGGGCUUCCUGAUAUUAGGUGGGGCUGAGGGUUAGACCAACUUUAAAAGGAGGAUGUAUUGUAGCAGAGCACUGAUAGGCAAUUCUGCUAGGAGAGGGAGCAGCUUUCUGUCCUGAACUGGAGGAAACUAAGUAUUUGUCUUCAUUCAGAGUUCCUAAACAUGGGGGAGGGGGAGAGUGGAAAACAAGAGACUCCUAUAAAUCUUCUGCUUUUAACUAGCCAGCAAAUGACUCUCCAGAGCAUUUUCUCCCCAGAAAAGAACUUGGGAAUCAGUUACAGAACUACAGGCAGUUCUCUCAAACAGAACCCUCAAACUUAAAUAAAAUUUACAGCUAUGAGUAAAAAAUGAUAAUCCAAUGGUGUGGGCUGAUCAGAGGAUAAACCUAGAGCUGUCCAAAACUUGUGUUUUCUAGUUAGGGAGAAAUUGAUAUUUCAGAGAUGGGAUUAAUUUCAAAUCAGACCAAAAUCAAAAAUUUUCAAAAUUUCUCAUGAACCAGAAAUCCCAAAAAAACACUGAAAACACCAGCACAUGGUGUUUCCCAAACAAAAUAUGUCCCCCAAGACCAGCAGCUCUGACUGAGAUUGAAUCAGUUUCACCAUUAUCAUCAGCCGUGGAAUUUACAAGAAUGUCAGUUUCAGUCAGUAACUGCUGGGCUCCCAGAGUCUAUGGCUCUGGGGCAGACACACUACACAGACUGCCCAGGCUGCAGAUCCCAAGGCUUCCAGACACCUCGGCCAGCUGGCUCCCUAGGCUGCCCACUUGGGAUUUGGGCAGCACAGGGAGCCAGCUAGCCCAGGCAUCUGGAAGCCCUGAGUCCAGGGCCCAGGGCAGUCCACGUGGCAAGGCUGCCACAGAUCCUGGGAGCCCACUCUAGGACAUCUCAGCUCAGCAGCCAUGGGUCAAGAGCCUCUAGGGUUUCCAGGCUUCCAGCUCCACAGAAGUCCAUGUGGUAAGGCUACCACAGACCCUGGUAGCUGGGAAUCCUUGGUCCCAGGACAGUCCAUAUGGUGGAGCUGCGGACCCUGGAAGCUGUGGGGCAGUCCACAGGGUAGGUCUGCCUCAGAGCCACAGAACCUGGAAGCCCAGGUUCCCUGGUCCUGGGGCAGUCUGCAUGGUGGGGCUGCUUUGUUGCUAUAGUCCCUGGAAGACCAGGGUCCCGAGUCCCAGGGCAGCAGUCUACAUGGUAGGCUUCUCCUGGAGCCUUGUCUCUAGAAGCCCACGGGCCCCAGCAACCCACUAGGUGAGUUGGUAGGGAACCUUGCAAGGUUCAACAGAACACUGUCUGUGAAUGAGCAAAAGUUCAUUGAACUGGACUUGCUUCUGUAAGACAUUUCAGGUUUGAAGAAUAGGACAUUUCCUUUCAACCAGUUUUAGCUAGAACAACUUGCAAACCAAAUUAUAGCCAGAAAGUUGAGCAUUUUAAAGACUUCAGAAUAUGGUGCAUCUCAUUCAAAAUAUAACACUUGUACAAUUAGCUUUGAAUCAGUUUUUUCAAUCCAUCUACGUAGAAUAGAUGUGAUACCACAAAACUCUAACUUGGAGCUCAAUUCAGUGGGUAGCACAAAGAUCACAACACUUUCUGAUGUCUUCUGGAAAUAGUUUACAAAAAAAAGUAACUUAUGGUUGAAGGCAAAAAACUUCUAAUCUUCCUAGACUUUAGAUCCUUUUUGUAAAUGAUUUUCUUCUGUGCUGGGUCAUAGUACUAAUCACUUAUGAUAUUUCUACUUCAGUUUUGUUAUUAGCUAAGCUUCAGGUGAUAUAUACAGCAGUGAUAGCCUCAGCAGUGAAACUGAUGGAAAAAAUGAAUGUCUGAGGAAUCGGAGGCAAUGGAUUUGCACAGGUGUCACUUAGAGCAGAUUUUGACCUGCAGAACUCUUAUUACUGGUUCUGAUGCACAAGAAAGAAAAAAAAAUCAAACUUCUAUUUAUAUUCCAGGUUAAGUU